GUACUUAUUUAACGUAAAUUUUAAAAACAAUAAACAGUCCACUUAUUCAAAGUGCGCAGAUUUGGUUCUCAUUUUCAUGUUGUCUUGUUACUUUAAUCAUACGUAUCUACACGUACCUAUGUGUCGGUUUAUAUUUUAUGUGGAUAGCGAUAGCAUAAAAGUGAUUAAUUUUUAUGAGGUAUUUUCUUAUUUUUUUUUAUGUGUGUAGGUAUUAGUGGCACUUUACGAAGUAACGAUUUUUUUCUCAGGAUAAAUAAUUAGGUAGGUAAAAUGAUUGGUAUGGUACGAUACAGGUAACCAGUGUCAAUUUGCUGACUGCGAAGUCAAAUCAAGCAACGUAAAAAUGAAAGUACCUAAUCUGCUGACGGUGUUUGCUUUGACGAGUACUUUUCUUCCAACAGCUCUUCCAUACGAGCAGCGAUUCAGCAUACAACAAUACCAUUAUAUACGAGUACCACCAAAUAUUUCAUCAUCAGACUUCGCCACCAACAUUCACAUAUAUAAUGAAAGAAGAAACAAAUUUCCCGGCACUACAAUUUUGAUAGAAAACCAAAGAGCUGCGAUUUUAAUCGAUCCUCCAUGGACCUCCAGAGGCAGCUUAAUAAUUAAUAAUAUAUUGAAUAAAGCCAGAAUGCUUCCGAAUAUAGUUAUAUAUUCUUACGGACAAGCUGAACCUAAUAAAAUACAGAGCACCGUGAGGCGUUUUCCAUCAAGUGUAGAAAAGCUGGAACUAUUUACACCUGGAGAAUCUGGCGCUGGCGCGAGAGAUCUUCGUCCGUUCAUACCAUCGUCGCGUGUCGUCAUCGUAGGAGAUGAGAUUAUUGUCGGAGACCUAAGGGUGAGAAUGCAUCAUCGUACGAGUAAUUCUGUCGCAGCUUAUUUGUGCAUACCAGAGAAUAAAAUUAUUUUCGGGGGUGUUGGUGUUUACUGGGGUGUUCAUCUAAGAGUUGAUGUAGCACCCACUCCACAUCAGCGUUUCGAUUGGCAACGUGUACUUAAAGAAAUCAUCAACGCCAGACCGAACGUUCUUAUCCCAGGAAACUAUAUUGGUCAUUAUCCACUUGAUGCCAAAGCGGCCGAAUUUACGCUUGAAUAUCUGCAGACAUUUGAGAAAGCGUUAAGUCGAUAUAAUUACGCAGAUGCUGGCGGUGUGAUUAGAGAAAUGGAGACUGCGUAUCCAAACCUUCGCCAUAAAGAAAAUUUAUAUACUAGCGCGGAACGCCUCACCGGAAAUAGAUACGGGAGGUAAAAGGUAUCUGUUCGCUGGAAAACGUAAACAGGCAUUUGAAAUAGCCUACUUACUUAUCUAUUUGUAAUUUUUUUUCUCUCUAUGAGUAAGUAUUUCUAAAUCGACUCACGCAACGUUGUAAUAAAUAAAAUAAAUAGGUACCUAAUUAAAAUUGACCUUUUACGUCAAUAAAUUUCCUUGUUUUAGACGCUUCAUCCUCGGAUAGGCAUCGAAAAUAAUAAAAUGACCUUGUUCACCAA